AUGCAUAAAAUAUUAUUAUUACUUUUAGCUAUCAUUGCUAUCUUUUCCAUCAACACUCCUUUGACCUCUGCUUUUACUUGUCCAUUUGAAUUCCCAGAAUGUCUAAGUGUUGGUUCAUCAUGUGAAGUAAUGUCUCCAUCUCAAAGAUGUGCCAAUUCUUUUUGUUAUGCUUCCAAUGGAACCAAUAUGAAUGGUACUUGUACACCAUUUGUACCAGAGAAUGGUAACUGCUCAUCUUUGUGGGGUUGCAAUCCAGGUCUUACUUGUAUCAAUGACUUGUGUGUCCAAGCUUAUUAUGGUCAAUAUAAUGAUUCAUGUAGUGAAUCGUAUCAAUGUUCAUAUGGACUAGAAUGUUUAAAUGCUAAAUGUGUAUUACCAGUUGGUCAACAAUGCAACGAUGUGCCAUCAUCACAAGGCUGUCCAUUUGGAACAUUCUGCAAUGUAACAGUUUGUUCUCCACAACUUGCAUUCAAUGAUGACUGUACUUUAACACCAAAUGCAUGUCCACUUGGAUCAUCGUGUACUAUAAAUAAUAAUAAUACAAGUACAAGUACAUGCCAACCAUUUUUCUCACAACAAAGUGCUGGUCAAUACUGUUCAUACGGACCAAAGUCGUUACUCCAAUUGACAACUUGUGAUAUUAGUAAAGGUCUAUACUGCGGUGAAGGUGGUGUCUGUGCUCAACUACCAACUCCAACUCCAGUAACCACCUCUUGCACCAAUGACACUGGAUGUAAUAAUAUGUUUGAAAUUUGCGAUUGUUUAAGUCGUGAUAAUGGAACGUGUAUCUCACCCUAUCCAACGCAUUGGAAUCAAUGCAAGAGUGCCACCGUAUCAUACUAUAAUUGUUUACGUACAAACCAGUGUAAUCCAAACACACUAAACUCUGACAACCUAAACUCUUGUUCUGCCUCUAAAUGUGGUGUAGAGUAUUGUCAACUUGUCAAUUCAUGUACCAACGAGAUUGAUUUAACUUGGUCUUGUCCAAUGGCCAAUCCUAUCAAUACCAUUGUUUGUCCACGUCAAAGUGAAUCCUCUGAAUCAUCCUCCUCCUCCUCUUCUUCCCAAUCCUCGUCAAGUGGUGAAGAAGAAGAAGAAAUGAUUUGUAGUAUUACACGUGGUAAACUCAAAGUUACCUAUAAUGGUGAUUCAUUCAUCAAUUGUACAUCGCAAGGUCAAAGUAUUUGUAGUUCACCAGGAAUAUUCCAAUGUCAAGGUGCCACACAAACUUCUACAACCAUAUGUUUAGCAGCACAUCAAAUCACCUGUACAGCAACACAACAAGUUACAUGUAGAGUUGGUGGUAUGUCAUGUAGCCUAUCACAGGAUGGUUCGCUUUCAGUUCUCCCCAAUUCUCAAAUCAUCGAACCUUUAAGCAACAACCUAUUUUCAAUUGGACAACAACCAUCAUCAUCAUCAUCCUCUUCACAUAAGUUAUUACCAACUAUUACCAUCUUUAUUCUUUCAUUUAUUAUCUCUACUCUAUGUCUCUCUUUUAAAUAA